GAAAAAGGAAAUCUGUGAAAUGAAAAGGUGGUUGAAAAAUGGGGGAAGAGAACCCUCCCUUUCUCUGUUUGUAUUAUGGUUUGAGAGAGGAAGAAGAAGCUUACGUUCAGAUGCAGCGUUGGAAGCCAUAGCUAAAGCUUCAGAAGAUAGAGUUCCCAAUUUAGUGCUUUACAAUUACCCUUCCUUUUCUGGAGCAUUCUCCGCUCUCUUUGCUCACCUCUUCCACACUCGUCACUCUCUCCCAUCCCUUAUAUUGCCUUUUUCUUCAGUUCCUUCUCUCGCUUUCAGGGUUGAAGAAUUGUGCAUUCAAGGCCUUGAGACAUGUUAUUUUCUUGACUUUCUUCCUCAAAAGGAUUUCCUCUUCAACCUUUCCCGUCAAUCAAAAUGCAAGGUUAUUGGGUUUGAUCAUCGGAAAUCAGUGCUUAGAAAGAUUCCCUCUGCCAGUGAUUGCCCUGAUAACAUUACCAUUAAUGUAAACCUUGAGAAGAGUAGCUCCAGUGCUGUUUAUGAGUACUUUGCUAGCAAACAUGAGGAUACUAAAAUUUCUUGUGAUGAGGUUCCAAGUUUGGUGGAUUCAAAAGACAAAGGCCGUGUGGAGCUGAUUCUUAAGUAUAUUGAGGAUGGAGAUCUUCGCCGAUGGAGCUUGCCUGGCAUUAGGGCCUUCAACAUUGGACUGAGUGAAUGGCGAUCAAGGUUUAACUGCGUUUCUAAUCCAUAUAUGUACAAGCAGUUGCUCAAAUUAAGUGCUGAAGAUUUAAUUGCUAAAGGAAAUUCAUAUCUUUCUGCUCGCCAGAAUUCUGCAAAUAAAUUGCUGGGAAAGGUUUUCAGGGUUCGACUGGGUAGAGGAUUUUAUGGAGAGUGCCUGGGAGUUCGGGUAGAUGGGAACUCUAACUUAAGUGACGAAAUUGGCAAGCUUCUUAGCGUGAAAAGUGCUGCUACUGGUCUUAGGCCCAUAGGAGCUGUGAUAUUCAUGCAACGGAAUAAUCUGAAAAUGUGCUUGCGUAGCACUGAUCGUGCCACUGAUACCUCUGAAGUUGCAAAGGCGUAUGGCGGAGGUGGUUCCCCAAGCUCAAGCUCCUUCAUGAUAAGGAUGGAUGAAUAUAACAAAUGGAUUUCAGGGAAUUUGUCAUGAUUAUUUCUGGAUAUUGACAGCUUAUAUUCUUGCAUGCGAACCCGAUCAUACGAUAAAUUUACUCACUGCCUUUAGAGAUUGAAAUCAGCAGUGACAGCAUGAUGGCUUGCCUACUUGACGUAAUAAAUCACUUGGUGUAGCAAUUGAUGGGAUCCUAUUCAGGAUGAGACAGAUAAUAGUAGAAAACUAGCAUUCCCCAUAUGGUAUUGAAGGUGAUGAUGCUAUUGCUACUGUUCUCAAAACAGAUAUGUAGAUUGUCCUGAUAUUGAUGCUGCACAUGAUGAGACUAGGAAAAGAAGGUAGAGUUUGAGCAAGAUGGAAGCAUUUACUUCAAGGACAAAAGUUGAAGAUAAUAUUUGAUUUCAGCCCACUAAAAAAAUCUUGACAUUUAAUUUCUAAUGAGUUUGAUACUCAACACUGCUGCUGGCAUUGUUUCCUCCUCCACCAGUUGCCAACAUUACAGAUUUUGGUUGGACUUGUUACUAUUUCAAUUUUUAUCAUUUU